AUGAGGCAGGCAGAGCCCACAAUCUAUUGCCUGGAAGAGGGAGAUCCAGGCUACAGCCUGCGGGAGACCCAGGCUACAGCCUGCCGGGCAGUUGUGACAGGAGGUGCUGGCAGUGGUGGAUGCUGCAGGGCAGGGCUGGUGCCACUGCAGCUCCUGAGAGGGGAUGGCACCUGCAGCUUGGCCCCGGUCCCAGGGUCGCUGCCUUGGCAGAGCCCAGACCUUCCAUGA